AUGGAUCAAGAAUUAAUCCCUUCACUAGAUCCACUAUCCGACAUUCUAAACAAUGGUCCGAUUUCGCUUCCAAUGCCAUCACAAUUUUCACCAGACAUGUUAGAUUGGUUCGAUCUCUUCGGCGGCUCCGAUAUUAGUUGUGAUCAUAACAAGGCCUCAUCAGCGAGUCAUGUGUCUGCCAAGGCCAAGAAUAUUGCAAGUGAAGGAGAUAAGAGUACUAGUGGUGAAAACAAAGCAAAAGUUUUUAGGAAGAAGAAGGCCAUUCCUCAAAGGAUCGCGUUUCAUACUAGAAGUGAUGAUGAUGUUCUAGAUGAUGGAUAUAGGUGGCGAAAGUACGGGCAGAAGACGGUGAAGAACAACCCUCAUCCCAGAGUGAAGAAGCAGAUCCAACGGCUCUCAAGGGAUUCCAGAAUUGUGGUGACUACGUAUGAAGGUGUCCAUAAUCAUCAUUGUGAAAAGUUGAUGGAGAGCUUGGGCCCACUUCUUAAACAGUUGCAAUUCCUUUCAAGAAUAUAG